AUGGCAGAAGCAGUUUUUCAUCCCCCAAGAAGGAAAAGAAGAGUUUUUGAGUCAUAUGAGUCUCCCUUUCCUGUGGAUGUAGGUGGGAAGGAUUUCAGAAUAUGCCAGGCUGAGAUCAUUAACAACAAUGUUAUUGUGAGGAACCCUGAAGAUAUUGAACAGCUCUAUAACAAGGGCUAUUUUGGAAAAGGUAUCCUUUCAAGAAGUCGACCGGUAUACAGCAUUUCAGAUCCUUCACUGGUUACUAAGUGGCAAGGUGCUAACAUAAACAUGCCUAUGAUCGCAUCUAAAAAGUACCAGUGUCAUGUUCAGUGGGCUAAAAGUAUUUUGCAAGAGCAAGGAUUUGAUGACUGCUCGGUUACCAAAAUUCUUGAAGAUUACACUAAACCUCUUGAGCUGCCAUUUUUGGAAGAGGCUGGAGCUGAACAAAUGGGUAAUAGUUGCAACAGAAUGGGCCCAAAUACAGAAAAUACAGAACUUUCCAGACAAUCUUCUACAGAUACUGGAAACGUACUAGCCCUAAGUCCUGAGAAUCAGAAUGAAGGCUACAAGAAAGCCCGUUUGGAAGGAGAUCCAGUGUUGGAUCCUGUGGCCGUAUGUGGCUCUAAAGAACAGGAACAAGGUGACUUGAAAGAGAUAGCUGAAGCGUCUUGCCAGAAGCAUGGUUUUCCGGUGCAUUGCGGCUGCAAGGCUAAGGAGAGCACUGAGCAAAGAUCUUGUGAGAUGAUCAAGUCAAAAGAAUGUGCUCCAGAAUAUGUAUUGGUGCAAGAGGAAGAAGAAGGUAGCUUAUGUCCUGAAGAUGACUCUGCUCAUGCACAAGAAAAUCUUGUCAAAAAGGAAAAACUAGUAUGCAGAAGAAAUCCAUUUAGGAUUUUUGAAUAUUUACAACUCAGCUUGGAAGAGGCUUUUUUCUUGGUGUAUGCUCUGGGAUGUUUAAGUAUUUAUUAUGGUGAGGAGCCCCUAACUAUUUUGAAGCUAUGGGAAGUUUUCAGCGAAGUGAAGCCCAAUUUUAAAACUACUUACAUGGCGUAUCACUACUUCCGCAGUAAGGGUUGGGUCCCCAAAGUCGGGCUGAAGUAUGGAACUGAUCUCU